CAUAGUGUCCAAGGAACAGACACUCAAACAAUAAUUCGCCAUCCCCCUAUUCCAAGACAGCAACAUCAUCACCAAAACUGUACAAGGAGUCGUUGACGGAGGAUUCAUUCGCGGGCUGAUUAAAUCGGAAGAAGGCAGCGAUAUUUCUUUUGGGUGUUCACUUUUUAAUCCUUUGAUGUGCACUGAUCUUAAGUUGUUUACCUUUUUCGUAGUUUUUGUCGUGCAUCAUAUCACGCAAGGCUAAGCUAUAAAAGCAUCUUUAGCUUGGAGGACGCCACGGCGGAUUUAAUCGGAAGAAUACAACUACGAGCCAAUACUCUGAAAGGUUUCAAGUGACGGGAGAGCGGUAAUGAACACAUUUCACUCAAUGGAUUUUUAUAUUUAGAGCUAGAUGUGACGCUCCCCCCGGCCACCACCAAGCUAAGACUGGGGAAGGCUCUGGCACAUGCACCGCAUGGCUUUUCAUUUUACAGUGACUAAUAGGGCAUAACUAUUACGACAUCACAAAGUCGACAUACAGAAUCUAACCAUUUUAGCUGCGUCUUUGGCUCACGACGAGUGCUUUGUCGCCGGCGGUUGUGGAAGAACACGAUCUGAACUCCAGCCGUUGUGAAAAUGAUGGCUGGUGGAGCUGUUCAACAUAACGGGAUAUUCACGAAUCCUCACCACCACAGUCAACCGCCCCACAUGGAGUCGGAUCCUCCUGAUUCCCGAAAAAGACCACUAGAAACCACCACGGAGGAGGCGAGCAGCACCAAGCGCACAAAUACAGGGGAGGAGGGCGAGUACUUCUUGAAAGUGCUGAUCCCCAGCUAUGCAGCCGGAUCCAUCAUCGGCAAGGGAGGCCAGACCAUCGUCCAGCUGCAGAAGGAGACAGGGGCCACUAUCAAGCUGUCCAAAUCCAAAGACUUCUACCCAGGCACAACAGAGCGCGUCUGUCUGAUCCAGGGUACGGUCGAGGCCCUGAAUGGAGUGCACAACUUCAUCGCCGAGAAGGUGAGAGAGAUGCCCCAGAAUGCACAGAAGCCAGAGCCUGUCAGCAUCCUGCAACCCCAGACCACCGUCAACCCAGACCGCGUCAAACAGGCCAAACUGAUUGUGCCUAACAGCACCGCGGGGCUGAUCAUUGGUAAGGGUGGCGCCACAGUGAAGGCUGUGAUGGAGCAGUCCGGCGCCUGGGUGCAGCUCUCCCAGAAGCCCGAGGGCAUCAACCUGCAGGAGCGCGUGGUGACGGUCAGCGGCGAGCCGGAGCAGAACCGCAAGGCGGUGGAGAUCAUCGUGCAGAAGAUCCAGGAGGACCCACAGAGCAGCAGCUGCCUCAACAUCAGCUACUCCAACGUGACGGGCCCCGUGGCCAACUCCAACCCCACCGGCUCCCCGUACGCCAACACGGCCGACGUGUUGCCCAACGCGGCGGCUGCCGCCACUGCCUCCACGCUCCUGGGCCAGGCCAGCCUCGCCAGCAUGGGCGGCUUCCCCACGGCCAUGUCCAGCUUCUCCGGCAACGACCUGCUGGCCAUCACCUCGGCCCUGAAUACUCUGGCCAGCUACGGCUACAACACCAACACCCUGGGCCUCGGCCUCAACCCCGCCGCUGCGUCCGGCGUCCUGGCGGCAGUGGCUGCCAGCGCCAACCCCGCCGCCGCGGCCGCAGCUAACCUGCUAGCCUCCUACGCUAGCGAGGCCUCAGGCGGCGGCCAUCCUGCACCCACCCUGGGGGGCUUCUCCCUGGGCUCUCUGGCCGCCGCUACUGGGGCGUCCAACGGCUACCUGAAUCCAUCCUCCCCCCUGGUUGCAUCGUCCCUGCUGGGCACCGAGAAGCUAACGGAGGGCGGCAAGGAAGUGGUGGAGAUCGCCGUGCCGGAGAACCUAGUUGGCGCCAUCCUGGGUAAGGGCGGCAAAACACUGGUGGAGUAUCAGGAGCUGACGGGAGCGCGGAUCCAGAUCUCCAAAAAGGGGGAGUUCAUCCCCGGCACCCGCAACCGGAAAGUAACCAUCACGGGAUCGCCCGCGGCAACACAGGCAGCCCAGUAUCUCAUCAGCCAGCGAAUCACGUACGAGCAAGGCGUCCGCGCCACCAACCCACAGAAGGUGGGCUAAAGCGAGACAUGAGGAGGGGAAGGAGGACAACCUGAGGGACACAGAGAGGAUCCAGAGUGAGACAAGUCAUUUGAUAUUAGUUCAGUGGACAGGUAUUUAAAUAUGGGGCAAUUGCAAUGGGUAAGCUUCUCACUUUAGUAAACAAAAAAGGACUCAUGAAGUAUAGUGAGUGAAGCAACUAUGAGUAAAGGUGGGGUGGGGUGGGGGGGUUGAAUGUUUGAUAUGUGAAUAUGCUUUUCUGACUGAAAGCGACCUUUUGUUUCAUUUUUAAAGUGGCGUUGAGUCCUCUGAGUUGUGUUAGUUUAAACAUUUGGUCCCCUGUCACAUUGCAGGACCGAGGCGCAAGACCACCAGAUUUUAUCCUCCAAUAUACACACCACCAAACGGGAAAAAUAUUUUUUUCUGUUUCAGUCUUUCUGCUACUUUUUGACAGUUACCAUUAUGUUUCAGGUACUUAGCUCCUCUCUCUGUCUUGGGGCAAACAUAGGCCACAGUCUUCAGCUGGUCACAGGUUCUGCUUUCAGCCUUGUUGAUAUAUUAUUACCUUCAGCAUCUUCGGUGCAUUCAACCGUAUAUGGCGCAGUUUGUGUUGUUUACAAGGUUGAGGGAUGGCGUGGAAAUGAAGCGUUCAAAGUGACUCUGAUUGCUUCGCUAAUAUCAGAAUGUCCCCCUCGUGUACACAGACACUACUCGUUUCAAGUUAACGUAAUUAAGUGAUUUUUAUUGGGUCAUUGAGAAAACAUACGCUAUCAUUUGCUUGACGGUAUGGUCUUACAGCAUAUGCUUUUUAGAUUUACUUAAAAUAACCUGUGUUGUCAGGUUGACAUGAAUGUAAAGACUUACUGUUAUUUUUUUUUCUAUGUAAGAGGAUCAAAUGUUGUGUUGGUGUGUAACAUAGAGGUUAAAUGUAAACUCAGACACUACUGGUCAGAGACUGUGUAUGAGGUCACGGGUCCGAUGUUCAAUGGCAAGGACAGGAAUGUAAUCACACACACAGACACACACAGGACACACAGACACACACAGACACAUACACACACACACACACACACACACACACACACACACACACACACACACAUAUGCUCAAAAGCAUACUCAAAAACAAAAGUAAAGACAGUAUACUCAGAAAACAAAACACAUAGCUUAGUUGCUGGAUCCAAAUUUUGGUGCUACUUACCCAUAUUGACUCAUAGAUAGAAGUAGGGACUACACUGACACACAUGUUUUCGGUGAAUGUGAUCACCCGUUCCAAGAUUUUCAGUGAAAUGGAGGGGAAAAAAUCGUCAACAUCUGUUGUGACUUUGAGGACACCAGCGAGAUGAACCUUCACACUUUAAUCUUCAGCAAUUUAACCUAGGCCUACUAACAAUUUAAUCUGCUGUGCUCCUGUGUGUCGCUGCAAACGCACUCAUAUGACUCAAACCCGACAUGUCCAGACCGUCUCUGAAAACAAAACUUGCUCUCCAAUGGUAGUGAAAGUUUUUCUUUGUGUGUGUCGAUUUAGCGCUACCGCCUGUGAUUGCAGCUCAGGUUGUUGUACCUCACAUCUGCAUUGACGAAGGGGUGGGAAGUGGGGUAAUCAAAACUGAAGGGAACUUCCAAUGUGAAUGUAGCACUACACAAAAAGUUCAGUGCUGAAAAGCAGGUGGAACUCUUAUUUAGAUUUAAGAAAAAAAUAUGCACUGUAAGGCGACCAAGGGGACAUUAAUGCCCUUUGAAUGACCUUCUCUAUUCAACAGAGUGAAAGGUCAGGGCACUUAGCUGACCGUUGUGCACAACGUGUGGUAUGUACACCCAGUAGACAUACCCAGAUAAAAAAAAAAACAUUCAGUUUGUGAGGGCAUGUUUUGAUGUUGUUGCUGUUGCUGUGGCUAACAUUUUAACAUAUGGCGCAUACUUAUCAAAGGCUCAAACAUAUUUGGUGACAAGCUGAACGAUAACAUCAAUUUUCUUGCUGCUACCCAUAAGUUCAUUCACAAAUAUCCUCUUAAAUUUAAUUUACUGUUUUUUUUUUUUUUUUUCUCACACGAUCACCUAGGGAAUAUGGGAUCUUAUAACUACGUAUGUAAAAAAAAUACAAAAACAAACAAAAAACAAUACAGAACAUGGGUUCCCCCCUCUGACCACACUGUGAAUCGGGUGUCCAUGCUGUUUAAGCAUGCAGGGUUUGACCCCAUUAUGGAAUGUACUUUACAUACACACACACACCAACACUCACAACAUGACGUUAGUGUGUGCAUGUUCUUGAGCAAACCCCCAAACAAAGCAAUGAGUCAAAAGGACAGCACAAUGACGUCGACCCUUGGAGCACCUGCUCGUCUCCUGAAAACGAUGUUGCACAGCGAGGGGCUGCUAAUGUCAUCCACCGUCGUUCUACGACAGUCUCGCGUCUCCAGUCGUUAGUUAGCAGCUCUCCAUUCGAACACCCUUUCUAUUUAUAGUGGCAUAGCAGUGUCCAGGCUCAUCCCAAUCCUGUGUUGUUGUUUUUUUUAAAUUUCUCCCCUCCCUUCCUCAUUCCUCCCAAGUCUUGAAGACAUUUAUCAACAGCCUUGGUGGCAGGCUGUAUAAUCAGCUUUGCGAAGGAAAAGGAGAGAGGCAUUCUCUCAAAACAAAUAUGAGAGUGAAAGGCAGAGGGAGAGAGACAGAGGGAGAGAUCCUAGCUAGUUUUAACAGCCUGAUCGUGAUGAAAAAGUGAUGUUAAUAAGAGGUUAGGUUACAUGGGAAACUGUCCGUGUGUCUUUCCUCAUAUAUACUUGCUAUGAUGGCAAAAUACCCUCCAUUAUAUCAGACCUCAGUGAUCAGAACCUCGCACUGGAUCAACAUUAAAGAUGCAUGGUUCAAUGGUAGUUUCUGGUUUGGGUGCAAACUUGAAGUUUUCCACCAUAAAGACUCAAGCACAACCAUAUUCGAGGGGGUGUGUGUCUUCUCCAGUUGGUGUUAAGCGCCACCUCUCUCCAUCCCAAACUCUUCCAGAGCAGUCUAGUUUCCAGACCCAGCAUGUCGUGAAAAAAAGGGGUAACGUCAAAUGUCCGUUUUUCCCCUUUAGCUACCUCUACUACACAUCUACCGCCCACAUAUACUUCCUCUAUAUCUCGUUCUCUUCCUCCACCCCUCCCCUCAAAAGACUAUUUUGUUGGCAUUUCUGCCCUUUCUUACCCGUACCUUCUCCCUCCUUACUCUAAAUUUUUUAGUCUCUCUCACUCGUCUUUCUAUUUCUCUCUCUCUCUCUGUCUCUCCUGUCUUCUUGAUGUUCCAGAGAGUAAAUAAUGACGGCUGAUACAUGGGCUUCAGGGGGCAGAGGUCAUUGGGUCAUAACCCCUUGGCAACAGCUCUCAGACUGAGGCAUCAGCCAGAUUAUCACCACUGACACUGCAGUGAUUUACAGUCCUGGUUCCCAGGAAGGGGUGCAGUCCUGGACAACAAGACAUUUGGACAUUUCGAGAAUUCACUUUGGUUCGUGUUAAUUCCUGUCGAACGGCUGAAUUUACAACCCAGUCCAGGACGCACAUUGAUCCUUUCCCAGGGUGUGAGCUGAUAGGCUUGUCAGAAACCGUCUUUCAACUUGUCUUAAGCCUGAAAUCGACACAGUAGUUCUACCUAAAAAAAUUGUAAAGACAGGGACUUUUUGUAACAGAGAAUAGGCUACUCGAAGUCAGGGUGAGAGUUGACAAGAAGAGUGUUGUAUAGGCAAGGAAGAGUUCCACGUGUGAGACAGACUUGAUCGUGACCUCAAGCUCAAACAACUGUCACUGUUGUUGUUUAUACAGAAUAUAUCCUAUCUCUCGCUCUCUCUCUCUCUCUGAGAACCGUCUGAAUUAAUUUUUUCUACUGUGGAAACCGUCCUGUCACAUGGUCUAUGUGUACUUUUAGUGUAGUUAAACAAUAGUUUGUAGUCCAAAAAUACAGUCUUGAGCUGUGGAUUUCAGUGUGUGAACUAUGUUAUAUUUGUGUGGAUGAGGAAAGUGCCAACAAGAGCCUGAUUAAGAUUAGCUUUUGCAAAAUCGUUUUUGUGCAUUUAGACUUGCUCAUUCUGGAGUGCUGGUGUCCAUAUCUACGUCAUUUUGAUGAUUUUAGGUCAAACAUAAAGAAAAUGUAAAGAAAUAUUGGAAGCAAUAUUGUAGCAUGUUGUCCAGUUUUGUGUUUUUGUUAUGUCUGUUGUAUGAACCUUUGAAUUUACAAACAAAUUUUGAAUGAAUAGGUUUACAUGUACUUUUUUGUAAAACUGUAAGUUAAAAAUAAUAAAAAUGCUGCUAUUUGAUAAGUGAAAUAUACAAAAUAUUUUAGUUUAAAAAAAUGUCUGGUCUGUUGAUUAGAAAAGUGCUCUUGGUGACAGAAGAGCAUGAAACGAGGUGUAACUCUAAGUAACCUAGACGCAGUAAUAAAAGUCAACCUGUGCCAAAAUAGUACAUGCGCAGCUUCUCAAAACAGUAGAUGUGUGAUCAAACAUUAGAUACCAGAUAUGUCCUGUAGAUGCAUUGAUCAAGUGCCAAUCAGUCUAUAUCUUUUAGUUUAAGAGAAAAGAUAAUCAAACGCAUAACGUAAAAAAAAAACAAAGGCAGACACAGAGCAAUGUUAGUGUUGUUUUACCCCAUAUUUACAUAGAGUAAGAAAAUAAUGAUUGUUUUUUUAAUGCAUCCAUAUGGGUUUUUUACACGUGUUGUCCAUGCAUCCUGUGCAUUAGUUUGAAUUGUGGCUUUGGCAUUCAGAACUGCAUUCUUCCUUCAUAAUGUCUCUAUAGGUUGGCAUGGAGUAGGCAUUAACAUACUAUAAGUAUUCAUAUUAACCACCAUUUAUGAUCAAGAAAGUGUGUUUUGUGGAGUUAGGUGUUAUCUUUUUGCACGUCUCUAUUGCAUGAUAUCAAAGUGAACUACAGGGUGGGGAAGGGAAUCAAAACAAACACAAAAAAAAGAAAAAAAAUUCUGAAAAAAGAAAUCUUUUUGAGACGUGUCUGCAUGCGUCAAUUACAGAGCACUGUUUCAUUUUUCCUCCAUUUAUACACUUUCUUAAGUUCUUUAUAUUUUUUUCAUAUCUUUUUCCCCCACGCGGCUAGGUGGGAGGGCGCCCAUCAUGGGUCUAUGUGCAUGGAUCUAAACGUGUAACCAUGGCAACCUGGGUCAGAAAAUCCUGAAAACUGGCAGAUAGUGUUGUGUUGUUUCGACAGGGUAAAAUGCAGCGGAGAAAUGUAGAAUGUAUGUGUGUAUAUGUCGUUCUUUAUUUGUCUGCUAAUCUUUUUGUCGUUGUUGUAAUCAGUAUAUGCAUAUAAAUGUAUUUUAAUCAAAAUGAAGGUUACACUAUGCCUCACAGAGCUCAUUGUAAAAACAUUCUUGUCAACUCUUGAGCAAUUCUGUAAAAUAGCGGAUGCAAUUUGAAUGAACGCCCUGGCACUAAUAACCAGUCUGUUGUUAAAUGAGAUCAGAAUAGGACUACAGUUUCACACUACUAUUAAGUGCAUUCAUCCUGAAAGUCAGUAACAGCCCAUGCACAAUUUCAGCAUGUAUUUGUUUGGAGUCUGGAGACUUACAUUGGUGUGGCAUUCAGUAUAUGAUCUUUACUGCCUACUUUCCAUUUUGAAUUGCAAUACCUACCACUCCAUGUAAGACAGAGCCCAUUGGCCAUGUCUCUGUCUUCUUAUUUCAAUUAUUACUAUUUAAUUGAACUGUUUGUCUAUGAGUAUUAUUUCAGUGUGUGUGUGUGUGUGUGUCUGUAUGAGCGUUUGUUCAUGUAUGUCCACUGUGUGGAAGGUCAAAAAGAGCUGAGUGAGAUAUCUUUUCUCCAUGUUCUCUUCUUACAUUCCGUGGAAUAGUAGGCCUACGACUUUAUGUUAGUCUGUCUGUGUGUUCCUUCCCCACACACUUCAUGUGCUCAGUUAACACAUCCUUGUGAACGUCACAACUUUCAAAACCAUUUGAUUGAUUAAACUUUGACUGUUAGGGGAUAGUUACGCUUUUGUGGUUGAAUUGUGAUAUUUAAGUAUUGUGAACCCGAAAGGAAAACGUUUUGCUCUUUAAAAUGUUGCAGUCAUUAUAAUGUGGCACUUGAAUGCAACUAUUACUCUAUGGCCAUUUGUAGUGCUCUGAUUGACUCUCGCGUCAGGUAACAUAACACUUGCUUCCCCCGGGGAAACAGCCCUAAAUGUGCAAUGGCAAACAGUUAGCUCCCUGGCAACUGUAGAGGAAGCUGUCCCUAUUUGAACCACAAAUAUCAGCAUUGUGCACAAUUAAAUCAAACAAUUGGACUCCAGGUUCCAUUACAAUUCCAUGGCAACUAAUUUACUUCUGGCUUUACGUACUGCGAUUAAUAACAUUAUAAUCUUUUUUGUGGUCAGCUCCAUUCAUGGCUAGACUUCCAAUAUUGCCACAGGAGUUUGCCAGAUUUCACCUAGUCACCGCAUGCACCUGUGUCAGCAUGACAUUAAUGUCUGUCAAGAUGUAACUGCACCCUAGCAGACUUUUGACUGCAGCACAUAGAUGAGCAGUGCAAAUUAGUGUUAAUUGACAUCAACAGGUGUUGCAGGUUUCUUGAUAUAGACUGGAGCUACUGCCUUGCUCUCUUUUCAGAGGGCCACACAGGCUGGGAGCGACACCGUCCUGCAAACUCAUGUUUGCUUUAGUGUUGGGCUCACUGUCAUGCUUUAGUUUUGUGCCCAAAUAUCUGGUGUCGCUUCAGUGUCUUGCAUGUAGCUGAAAACCUGAGCAUCACCUUGUGUACGCACUGGCAGGGUUGUUUUCAUCCACAACAGAAGGGGUCAAGUUUAGCGUUAACCUAUAUGUCGAUCUGAAAAUUGCACUUUGUAUCUGUCAUGUUGUGUGAGCAGGACUAGUGAAUUUAUGCUAUUGUAAUGAGUUUAUUUGAACAGUCUGUCUGUAUGUGUGUGUUUCAAUGUGUGUAGCGCUGUCUGACAUUAUCAGAAUGACCCAUAUGGUUGUCGUGGUUACCUUCCUCCCUUAUCUUUCCCCUUACAUAUCUACUGAGUGCCAAACAGAGGCAGGAGCAUUCCAGGGUUGUCCAUGUCUUUCUUUCUACCCAUUUUUAUCCUCAAAUGGAAUAUGUUUGUUCCUUUCCAUAACAAAAAGAUACACAUCAACCAGUUCAUACAAAAUGAGUGGACGUAGAUGGCUUGGUCAGGACCGGAUAAAGGACAGGCUCAUUAACACCAGCUAACAAUCGCUAAUUUUAUCUAAAAACUAGAAGAGCAGAACACUCUGAGAGUGUAGACCUCCGCCAAGGCCAGUAUGCCUCAUCUUGUUAAAGAAAGAGAAACAAAUUCCAGGAUCUGGCUCUUGAUCAAGAUCUGCUCCAAAAUGUUAUUUGUUCUUCUUUGGCCCAUGCUCCAUUUGUCCACCAGGUUUCAUGUAAACCAGCCUUUUUUUAUUAUUUAUUUUUUUAUAAUAAUCCUUCUGACAGAUAAACAAACAGACUGAGCCAAAAAAACAUAACUUCCUUGGCGGAUGUAACGAGAAUAUACUAUGCUGAUAGAGCAUUGGUUUUUGUAGGCUAAAGUAUACCAUGACAAGACAAAACAACACUACCCUAUAAGGCUGGAUAAGGUAUAACAAACAGUUGUGGCUAAUGUUCAUUUAAGUGCACUGUUUGCAUGUGCAAGCUAAUACUUACCAUGAGUGAGCUUUUAGCCACAUGGUGCUUGUUAAGGUUGCUAUAACUGGCUAAAGCUACAUUUAUCUCUCUGUUCUUCCAUGUCUAUUGUAAGAUUGUUCCCCACAAUUUCCCUCAAUCAGGUAUCUUGGUCAUAUUUUUAACACCCUCAUAGGGAUGAAAAAUGUGCUCCUCUGCUAGAGAUGGGCAUGUACGAUGUGUCAACGCCUGUCAUAGAGUUUCCCUUUGGUCCAUGACUUUUGAACUUUAACUCCAGUGACCUUCUUUUGACCUUCUGUCAUUCAUUCAACCUAUUUGGAGUACUCACACUGACUCCAUUGCCAAACUCUGGAAACAAAUUUGUGCAUUAUUCAUUUUCAGUCAUUUUUUUGUCAUGAGACAAUUACAGGACUUAAAUGCUGACAAAAACGUUGAAUGAAAAGAUAAGGAAAGACUUUUUUCAAUGGCAAACUUAUUGAUUGUUUUUUUUAUUAUAUUAUUAUUAUCAUUAAUGUUGAGAAUGGAGUCCAUUAAAAUAUUAUGAAAAUAUGACGUGACUGGCAGCAUGAAUUGAAAUUGUGGUUCACAGGUGAAAGUUUAACAUGAAUUGGUGAUUGGUAGCCUUACACUGUGGUUGAUUACAUUUUCCUAUACAUCAGUGUUUAGGGCAGUGUUCUUUCAGUAUGUAUGAAAGGGCUUUCUUUUCCCACAUUUCAUAUGUCUCAAAUGAUGACAGCCUCUGGAAACAUCUAAACAAGCCACCUCACAAAGACUCAGAGUUAAUGUAACCAUUUAUGUGUGUACUGUUCACUAACACACAAAUGCCAAAACUCGACAUGCCUAAUGUAUAUAUAAAUAAAUAUAUAUAUAUAUAUAAAAUCUGUUAUAGAUACUGCCAAAAGGCAGGAAGUCCAUAGAAUGGAACAAUCGGGUAGAGGGAAGAACAAAGUCUGUACUCUAUGUUGCAUUGAAUGUAUAAGUGACAGGCCACAGAUGCUUUUCGCUGCCAGUCAUGGUCCUUCCACUGGGAUAUACCAUACAGUAAGUUGUUUAUUUUUAACAUGUUACAUACUGUCAAUAAAUGAGAGCAGCAGAAAUGAAUGGGGGAUGACUGGAGAGUUUAAUAUUUGUCUUUUUUUUAAAUUAUAUGAUUAUUAUUACUAUUGAUUUGUUUUAACAUCAUUGAUUAUGAGAAUCAAAGGGUCGUAAAUAUUUAAUGUGACUGUGGUAUUGUGUUUGUAAACAAAAACUAUCAGUGAGUUGUGUUUCUUGACCUGUGGAUUACCAGUGAAGUCAGCAUCUCAGUGUUAAUAUAUUGAUUUUUUUAAAGAUUAUUUUCUGACGGCAACAACGAAGAGUCAUUAUAAAUGUUCAUUUUAGCACCA